AGGCUGGGUAUUCCCAGAUUUGCGCGUCGAGAUGCCGAGUACAUGCGUACGGAGCGUUUCGCCGAGGAAUACCUUACCCAGGCCUACACCGAAGCGACGUCCGUUAAAGCGACCAUCGGCUGCUUCGACACGAAGAACGCAGCGUCAAACUCGGGAUCUAAUAGACGACGAUUUGUCAACACCUCGAGCCUCAUCGUUUGAUGUACGCUCGGACACUGAUCGCUUGCAAACUGCCUCAAUGACAUCGUCAAUCGUUGUGGAGAGUAGGGCCUCCUCCAACAACUCACCCCCAGAGAGUCGCGUAGAUGUAAAUCCACCGGAUUCCGCCACCACACCCAAGCCAUUUCGAUGUGUGACACGAUCGGCUAAGGCGAAACGGAUACGGUUCUACCGAAAUGGGGAUCAGUACUACAAGGGCUUAUGGUACGCAUUACGAAGCGAUCGUGUUCGAAGCAUGAAACCUCUAAUGGAGGAUCUUGCAAAAACAAUGGGCGAUUCAACGGCGCUACCACUCGGUAUUCGACACAUAUUUAGCAUAGAUGGACAAACUCGUAUCACUGAUAUUGACCAGUUUGAGGAUGGCGAAUCGUAUGUGUGUUCCAGCACCGAAACAUUUAAAUCUGUUGACUAUGCCAAUGCUCGUGAACCAUAUUGGUGUUUCGCCCUUUCUCGGACAAAUCGGCCGAACGAAGCUGCAAUGCUUGGCCUUUGGGGAACAGAACAUGUUACGGUUGAACCUACUCACUUUGUAUUUCCACGUAUCAUCACUGUUAUACGUAAUGGUGUGAAACCACGAAGGGUUGUACGACAUUUGCUCAACAAGAAGACUGCCAGAUCGUUCGAUCAGGUUAUGACAGACCUCACAUGCGUCGUUAAGCUCGACAGUGGUGCGAUACGAAAGCUGUUUGCGUUGGGAGGAACAGCGGUGCUGACUUUACAAGAUUUCUUUCGCGAAGAUGAUGUUUUCAUAGCGUAUGGAAAUGAACGAGCGAGUGCUGAUGAUUUUCUGGUAAUAUCCGAAGAAUACAAGCGGUUAUACUCCGGUGGCGCCCGUCGCGGUGGUCGGCGAGGUGUCGCUUCAUCUCGUCCACGCGUGAUGCCGGCAAGAAAUGAGAGCUUAAGGGAAGACCGAUGUGGAAGUGUAGUUCCGGAUGAGUUAGCUCGUAACCUUCCUAACGACUUAGAUGAGAAGUUUUCUAUUCUUCGGCUUCUUGGUGAUGGAAACACUGCUCUCGUCUAUGAAGUGAUGGAUCGGUCCUCCCAAGAGCAUAGCGCAUUGAAAGUGAUUGCUCGCGAUUCAGCCGUCGGAAAGAUUGCGCUGAUAGAGAGCGAACUGUCAAUCAUGAAGAAGAUCGAACAUCCCUAUAUCGUGAAGAUGUUUGAAGAUUGGACAAUUGAUGGGGCGUACUACCUAUCAUUAGAGUUGGUUGAGGGAGGAGAUCUCUUUGAACAUCUUUGCGUCGUACGGCGAUUAUCUGAAAGGCAAUCCGCUCGUCUCACAAAAUGUCUUGUACAGGCUCUAUCUUAUCUCCAUGAUAAUUCCAUUGUCCAUCGUGAUGUAAAGCCAGAAAACCUUCUGCUAUAUACCGCCCCACAUGGAGAGUUUGAGUUGAAAUUAGCCGACUUUGGUUUGGCGACAGAACUACCUGAAGACGGUAGCAAGUUGUCAACCAUUUGUGGUACACCCACUUAUGUGGCAUCAGAAGUCAUACUUGAAACAGGCUAUGAUGAAAAAGUUGAUGUGUGGGCAACCGGUGUGAUACUUUAUGUCAUGUUGUGUGGAUUCCCACCAUUCCAGAGCUCUGAUGGAACACAAGACGAUUUGUUUGCUCAAAUAAUGCGUGGCCGAGUAACAUUUCCAUCACCGUCAUGGGAUAAGAUAUCUGCUUCUGCAAAGGCGCUCAUUCUGUUGCUUGUGAAUACCGACAAAGAAGAACGAUUCUCUGCUCAAGACGUGCUUGAUAAUCAAUGGAUUAAGACCCUUUCUGAAGUACCAUCUGAUUUCGAGUCAAUGGCAGAGUUUAUUGUUGAAUCACGAAUAGAUGCAGAUGCUGAUGUCGAAGAGACCGAUCGAGAGUACUUCAUGAGCCGACGGACAAGCAUGGACGACCUGAGCGAGAGCGGUCGUGCCGACAGCUAUGAAUUCACAUUUUCUCGGAACUACAGCUAGAAAACUUUAAAAGUCAUUACUUGCUUUCCGUUACCUUCGUACCUUUUGCAUGUCGUUCCUUGGACCUUUUAUCUUUCCGACCCAUGCUCGUUGCGUGUCAUUUCAAUAGCUCAUCACCUGCUCGCAGUCCUUUCGCAGAAUUACUCAGAAAUUCUGGUUUCCCAGGAAUUUGUUUUACUUGAAUAAGAUAGCAUUACAUGCGUAAGUCAGCUAUUCAUUAAUUAAGCAUAAUUUUGCUUCCAAGUGCAAUGUGAAGAGUAGCAUGCUCCAUAUGUGCACCUCCGUGCUUGCACUGUCAUAUCUUUGACAAUGGCAACUGGUGCAUUUUGCUUCAAAUCUGCUCAUAUCGCUCGUGUCUAGUCAUUUUUAUUCCAUAAAUUAGCGUUCAAGGCUUAUACUCAACUCUGUGACGUUGUCAGUCCUUAUACGGCUAUGUGACUAUUUUCAACUGUUUUAUAUGGAAGAAAGUUUUAUUUUACUUGCACUUGCAUUUUUUUCAUUCUGAUUUACACAAAAAUGGAAAUUUUCUAGGGGAAUGUAGUUAUUUAUGCACUUUUUAUCUGUCUAUCUCGAUUACCUGGUUUCACUGAAUAUGUAGUGAAUACUCGCCAUAAUGACGUUGUUCUGUUAUUUCCCAUAAAUUUUUGUAGGUAUUUUGCAUAUGUCUGAUGUUUUUUCUUUUUCUUUAUUGAGACCAGCACCUUCACCAAAAGAAUGCCUUCUAAUUCACACAUCUACUUCGAUGUCAUUGGUAAUGACACUGUUUCAUUUCAUUUCUCCUUCAGUUGUUUUUUAUUUGCCACAUGAAAUUCAUGUCUGAAAUGCUGCAGUGGUGCUAUCUAUGAUCAUUUUGAAUAAAAUGGAUGCUUC